GAUAUGGAGUCCCCCCGCCCACCCGACUCUAUGAGUCUCCAUCAGCAGGGGAGCUAUCCGCCCCACAACCCUCCGCGUGGUCCGCCCUCGCAGGCAGCACCGCCUUCUGGGAGGAGCGGGCCCCUACACCGCCGCUCCCCGGGAUGAGGGGCCCAUCGCUCACCGCCACAUUGGGGCCUAGAGGCCAUGGCCUGCCUCCAUGAGACCCGCACACCCUCCCCUUCUUUUGGGGGUUUCGUGUCCACCCUCAGCGAGGCGUCCAUGCGCAAGCUGGACCCAGACACUUCUGACUGCACCCCUGAGAAAGACCUGACGCCUACCCAGUGUGUACUUCGAGAUGUAGUGCCACUGGGCGGGCAGGGCGGGGGUGGACCCAGCCCCUCCCCAGGUGGAGAGCCACCUCCUGAGCCUUUUGCCAACAGUGUCCUGCAGCUACAUGAGCAGGAUGCAGGAGGCCCAGGGGGAGCCGCUGGGUCCCCUGAGAGUCGGGUGCCCAGAGUUCGAGCAGAUGAGGUGCGGCUGCAGUGCCAGAGCGGCAGUGGCUUCCUGGAAGGCCUCUUUGGCUGCCUGCGCCCUGUCUGGACCAUGAUCGGCAAAGCCUACUCCACGGAGCACAAGCAGCAGCAGGAAGACCUUUGGGAGGUCCCCUUUGAGGAAAUCCUGGAUCUGCAGUGGGUGGGCUCAGGGGCCCAGGGUGCUGUCUUCCUGGGGCGUUUCCAUGGGGAAGAGGUGGCUGUGAAGAAGGUACGGGACCUGAAGGAGACUGACAUCAAGCACCUGCGAAAGCUAAAGCACCCCAACAUCAUCACUUUCAAGGGUGUGUGCACCCAGGCUCCCUGCUACUGUAUCCUCAUGGAGUUCUGCGCCCAGGGCCAGCUGUAUGAGGUACUGCGGGCUGGCCGCCCUGUCACCCCUUCCUUGCUGGUUGACUGGUCCAUGGGCAUCGCUGGUGGCAUGAACUACCUGCACCUGCACAAGAUUAUCCACAGAGACCUCAAGUCCCCCAACAUGCUAAUCACAUAUGACGAUGUGGUGAAGAUCUCCGAUUUUGGCACUUCCAAGGAGUUGAGUGACAAGAGCACCAAGAUGUCCUUUGCAGGAACAGUAGCCUGGAUGGCCCCUGAAGUAAUUCGUAACGAGCCUGUGUCUGAGAAGGUCGACAUAUGGUCCUUUGGCGUGGUGCUAUGGGAACUCCUGACUGGUGAGAUUCCCUACAAAGAUGUAGAUUCCUCAGCCAUCAUCUGGGGUGUGGGAAGCAACAGUCUCCAUCUGCCUGUGCCCUCCAGCUGCCCAGAUGGCUUCAAAAUCCUGCUUCGCCAGUGCUGGAACAGCAAACCACGAAAUCGUCCUUCAUUCCGACAGAUCCUGCUCCAUCUAGACAUUGCCUCAGCAGAUGUCCUUUCCACACCCCAGGAGACUUAUUUUAAGUCCCAGGCAGAAUGGCGUGAAGAGGUAAAGCUGCAUUUUGAAAAAAUUAAGUCAGAAGGGACAUGUCUGCACCGCCUAGAAGAGGAGCUGGUGAUGCGGAGGAGGGAGGAGCUCAGACAUGCCUUGGACAUCAGGGAACACUAUGAACGGAAGCUGGAGAGAGCCAACAACCUGUACAUGGAACUUAACGCCCUUAUGUUGCAACUGGAACUUAAGGAGCGGGAGCUCCUCAGGAGGGAACAAGCUUUAGAGCGGAGGUGCCCAGGUCUGCUGAAGUCACACCCUUCGCGGGGUCUCCUGCAUGGGAACACAAUGGAGAAGCUCAUCAAGAAGAGGAAUGUUCCACAGAAGCUGUCACCCCACAGCAAAAGGCCAGAUAUCCUCAAGACUGAGUCUUUGCUACCAAAACUAGAUGCAGCCCUGAGUGGGGUGGGUCUUCCUGGGUGUCCUAAGGGUCCCCCCUCACCAGGACGGAAUCGCCGUGGCAAGACCCGUCAUCGCAAAGCCAGCGCCAAGGGCAGCUGUGGGGACCUGCCUGGGCUUCGUGCAGCUGUGCCACCCCAUGAACCUGGGGGACCAGGAAGCCCAGGGGUGCUAGGAGGGGGACCCUCAGCUUGGGAAGCCUGCCCUCCAGCCCUCCGUGGGCUCCAUCAUGACCUCCUGCUACGAAAGAUGUCCUCUUCAUCCCCAGAUCUGCUGUCAGCAGCACUGGGAGCCCGAGGCCGGGGGGCCACAGGGGGAACUGGGGAUCCUGGCUCACCACCUCCAGCCCGGGGUGACACCCCCCCAAGUGAGGGCUCAGCACCUGGCUCCACCAGCCCGGAUUCACCUGGGGGAGCCAAAGGGGAGCCACCUCCACCAGUAGGGCCUGGUGAUGGCGUGGGGCUGCUGGGAACUGGAAGGGAAGGGACGGCGGGACGGGGAGGAAGCCGGGCUGGGUCCCAGCACUUGACCCCAGCUGCACUACUGUACAGGGCUGCUGUCACCAGAAGUCAGAAACGUGGCAUAUCAUCAGAGGAAGAGGAAGGGGAAGUAGACAGUGAAGUAGAGCUGACAUCAAGCCACAAGUGGCCUCAGGGCCUGAACAUGCGCCAGUCACUAUCUACCUUCAGCUCAGAGAAUCCAUCAGAUGGGGAGGAAGGCACAGCUAGUGAGCCGUCCCCCAGUGGCACACCUGAUGUUGGCAGUACCAACACUGAUGAGCGGCCAGAUGAACGGUCUGAUGACAUGUGCUCCCAGGGAUCAGAAAUCCCACUAGACCAACCUGCUUCAGAGGUGGUUACAGGCCCUGAACCCUCCUUGCCCAUCCAGCACCAGGACCUACUCAGGGGGGAGCAGGGCCCUCCCAAUUCCGAGGACUCAGACUGUGACAGCACUGAACUGGACAACCCCAACAGUGGUGAAGCCUUGCAGCCCCCAGCCUCCCUCCCUCCAUGAAAGCCACUCUUGUUCUUGUACAUAUGGAAUAUUUAUAUAAAUAAUAUAUAUAUGCGCCACAUAAUCAACAGAGAAAGACAGGGCUAUCCCAGCCUUAAGUCAGGCUCAAGAGACUGACCCCCUGACCAAUUCACCUAACUGGCAGCUGUGGAAAUGAAGAACAAGGACUGCCCUAGAUCUGUGGCUCAGGGCAAACCGGCCCCUCCCUGCUUGGCCCGGUUAUGUUCAACAAGCAGUCAGGCAGUAGAAAAGCCCAACUUGCCUCCUAUGGUCCUCUAUAACCCCCAUCCCCCCCCACCCCCAAUACCAGGGAGAAGGAAAGGGAGCCACUUAACUGCACUUUUUUGUUUUCCAUUUACUGUUUACACAUUUUGCACCUGGGAGGAGGGAGGCUAAGGCUGGGUCCUCCCUCCUGAGGUUUCUCAGGUGCAAUGUAACUAAUUUCUUUGUCUCUUCAUUUCUCUGCCCAAGCCCUGGCUUAGGGUCUAGGGGGGAGGUUAGAAGAUUGUACAAGCAUGUGAUGGCUCAGGCUGAAGAACUGGGGUUUUAAGUCCCUGCUUUUAUCUUGGUGCCUGAUUGGGGUGGAAACUGUCCUAUUGUAACCCCUGUGAGAAACCUUGAAAUAUAACCACUCCACGCAGGCCCA